UAACUACCUGGGUAGUUGUACGAAAGCGUUUGUGAAGUAUAAGGGACCUUUUUAUAGAGACAGCUUCUAAGGUGGCCUAUAUGUGAGCUGAGAGAGAGAGAGAGAGAGAAAAAGGAGGAAAUAUUAAGUUGCUGACCAAUGAUAAGAUGGAAUCCUUGCUGUGGAGUGAACGAUGACGAAAACAACCUGGCCAGUCUGACAUAACUAGGGAAAUUAAGCAACUAAGUCGUGGUUCUUAAAACCAAUAUAAUUACCUAUUCGAUGUGUUCAACCAAUAAUACAACUCAAAGCUCUCCUGUAUAGCGCGGCGAGUAAAUACGGAACUUCAAGAUAAACAACAAUAAUUCGCAUACUAUGAACUAUCUACGAUGCUAUGUCCUUCUAUAGCACGCAAGAAAAAGACACAUAUUAAAUGAGUUAAUAAAUCCUCCAUCCCCUCCCCUGCCCUCCCCGCGCGCCAUGUCAGUACCUCCAGGGGGUUGGGUCUGCAAUUGCUGGGCUGCGACCCUCCGCAUCAUCAGCCAAUCCGAAAAGGCAUUCCGACCGCAAUCUUCCUCUUCUGGUCAACAGCUAUCCCAAAGCAUGUCGAUUAGUGAUGUGCUCACUCUUAGCCGUAACCUUCUCCAGCAUUGGGAGCUCUUAAACGGCUGCGCUAGCUCCGAUACCCAUCUCAACCCCUUAGUCUUUCGCCUCAUAGCUGACGCUGUCAGUCGCAUCUUGACCUUACACGAAUUGGCAUUCCAAGCUUUGUCCAAAGAAGAUGCACCGGAUAUCACGGAAGCAGGCACGUGGCAGAGUCCUGACGGGGGGACCAAUCUAGACAUUGCCGGAAAUGUCGUGCCACAGAUCCGGAAUACCAUACCUAUUUGCAUUUCCAGCCUGGAGCUAGACGACAAGGAAGAGAUCGCCAUCGUGUGUCGGGAGACUUUAAAACACUCCACCAUGCGUCUUGGGGCAAUACUACAGGAUAUAGAAGAGGAGUCUCGCCAGUUCGACCGGGACCAACUUACUAGCGUAAACAACCCGUUGCGAGAUAAAGAGAUAAGAGAGCUCAUUGGGAGGUUGUUUCGUAUAUUGGGGAGAGCGAAUUAGGCCAGGACGAUGUUGGUAUUAUAAGCGUAGAUGUAAGUCGGUGAGGUCUAUAGAAUAGGCUUCUCAUGGGAUAGGUAUUUCAAAAUCUCGGUGUAUUCAUAUCUUCUCUACGGUCACA